AUGAAAACACACUGGGGUAAUGAACACAUAAAUUUUUGUGUUGUAAAAUUUGUGCUAUAUUUUUUGAUAAUAAAAGUUUAUGCUAUUCAUCAUGUAGGAAAAAAUAUUAGAAAGCAUGGUCUAAUAAUGUACCAAAAUGAAGAAAGUGAUAUUUCAAUAAAUAAAAUAAUACCUUAUUCUUCGGACGAGACAACAAUAUUUGAAAAUUAUAUGUUAAAAAAUGUAAGUCAAAAAGAAAAUGUUUGUAUAAAACCAAUUCGAAAUUAUAAAAAUUUGAGUUCACCUAUAAAUCAAAAGUUCAAGCUAGAAAAUCAGUCUCACGUUAUAGAAACAGGAAAUAAACGUAACAUAUAUGGCUAUGUAAAAAAUUUGUUUCAGGAUUUGGAGUAUGAAAUAAGUAACAAAACAUUAACAUUUAAUGUACCAAUAACUGAAGAAAUAUGUGAAUUUAACUCUUUUAAUAAUUACAUUUUAUAUGUUAACUAUUUAAAAAACAUAAAUUUGGAAGAAAUUGAAAACGUAUUAAAAAAAAAUAGAUUUUUAUUCGUAAGGUUACCCCAAUUAUAUGACUUAAAUAAAACCGUUGCUGCAUUUAUGGGAGAUAAAUUUUCUGAAUCAAAAGGAAUAUUAGAAAAUGACUAUAUAAAAAUUGACAUAUCAAAUAUCAUAAAUUAUCAUGUGUGUCCAAAAUGGGAGUACAAAUAUAAAGGAAAUUAUACUGAUGUGUACUCAAAUGACAAUAUGGGUAACAAGAAAGUAGAAAAGGAAAUAGAAUUUGUUCUUAUGACGUCACAUAAAUUAGCUGACAUUAUUUUAUUCCCAUCUGAAGUGGAUAAUCCACAGUACUUUCGUCAGUAUAAAAAUAUAAAGAAUGUUGUAUAUCUUAAGAAAGUAUUAAAACAAGGACACUUUGAGGCGGGAGAAUGGUCCCCGUGUUACAGUGUGUGCAGUGAAGACUUUUCAUACAGGUGUAGACAUAACAAAUGCUUGGUUGAAGAUGAAGAUUUUUGUGAUAGAUAUUUUAUUUUGAAUUUUCAGAAAUGUGAGUCUGUGGCUUGUCAAGUGUUAUUAAAAGAAGAAAUUAAAAAAGUCCCUGGGGAAAAUAUAAUGAAAGAUGCGAAUGCGGACAAUAAGAAAAAUGACAACGUAAAAGAAAAAGGAAAAGAAAAUGAAAAAGAAAUAGAAAAUGAAAAAGGACAAGAAAAUGAAAAAGGAAAAGAAAAUGAAAAAGAAAAAGUCAUUGCUAAAGAUAUUAUUGACGCUAAUGCUAAUGCAAACAAUCCGGUAGCUCCCGUACCAUAUAUGAACAGGCAUAUAGAAUCAGAAAAUUAUAAUUUAGAUGAUGAACCCCUUUCAAGGAGGCGAAGCGAAAAGAAGAUCAGCUUUUUUAUGUGGAUAAUAAAUAAUAAAAAGAUGGCCCUUGGAUUAUUAAUAUUUCUUAUCUCGGCUGUAAUCCUUGGAUGCAUAUAUUGCUAUGUAAGCUCCAGUCUAGGCUUUCAUAAUGAUGAAGAAUAUUACGUGUCAAAAUAUAGAGCCCACGCUUGCCAAUAG